CCGACCCCGGGCGGGCGCCGGGGCUGGAGCUGAGGUUCCGGCCGCGAUCGGCUGCAUCUCGGCCGGGAGACGGCGCGACCCGGCGGCGGGGCCCCCGCGAGUCCAGCGCCGCCGCAGCCCCCUGAUGCGGCCGCGAGAAGCAGCUGGGGGGGGGUCGGUGAUCGAAGCCACUAGAAGCACCAUCGCCUAGAAGAUCAUGGCAGCCUCUCUGUCCUUCCUGUGACUGGAGCAAUGCUGACCUCGGUCUCCUGGACCCAUUCCGACUCAGGAGCCUUCACAUAAAUGGGUCCAGUCAUGCCUCCCAGUAAGAAGCCAGAAAGCUCAGGAAUUAGUGUCUCCAGUGGGCUGAGUCAGUGUUACCGGGGCAGCAGUUUCUCCAAGGCCCUUCAAGAAGACGAUGACCUCGAUUUUUCUCUGCCUGACAUCAGAUUAGAAGAGGGGGCCAUGGAAGAUGAAGAGCUGACCAAUCUGAACUGGUUGCAUGAGAGCAAGAACUUGCUGAAGAGUUUUGGGGAGUCGGUCCUUCGGAGCGUCAGCCCUGUUCAGGACCUGGACGAUGACACCCCGCCGUCUCCUGCCCACUCGGACAUGCCCUACGAUGCCAGGCAGAACCCCAACUGCAAACCCCCCUAUUCCUUUAGCUGCCUCAUAUUUAUGGCCAUCGAGGACUCUCCAACCAAGCGCCUGCCAGUAAAGGAUAUCUACAACUGGAUCUUGGAACAUUUUCCGUAUUUUGCAAAUGCACCGACUGGUUGGAAAAACUCAGUGAGACAUAAUUUGUCAUUGAAUAAGUGUUUUAAGAAAGUGGACAAAGAGAGGAGUCAGAGUAUUGGGAAAGGGUCAUUGUGGUGCAUAGACCCAGAGUAUAGACAAAAUCUAAUUCAGGCUUUGAAAAAGACACCUUAUCACCCACACCCACACGUGUUCAAUACACCUCCCGCCUCUCCUCAGGCCUAUCAAAGUACAUCAGGUCCACCCAUCUGGCCGGGCAGUACCUUCUUCAAGAGAAAUGGAGCUCUUCUGCAAGAUCCUGACAUUGAUGCUGCCAGUGCCAUGAUGCUUUUGAAUACUCCCCCUGAGAUACAAGCAGGUUUUCCUCCAGGAGUGAUACAAAACGGAGCUCGGGUUCUGAGCCGAGGGCUGUUUCCUGGUGUCCGGCCCUUGCCAAUCACCCCCAUUGGAAUGACGGCGGCCGUGAGCAGGAACGGCCUCACCAGCUGCCGGAUGCGGACUGAGAGCGAGCCCUGCGGCUCCCCGGUGGUCAGCGGAGACCCCAAGGAGGAUCACAAUUACAGCAGUGCCAAGUCCUCCAACGCCAGGAGCACCUCGCCCGCCAGUGACUCGGCCUCCUCCUCCUCGGCCGAUGACCACUAUGAGUUUGCCACCAAGGGGAGCCAGGAGGGCAGCGAGGGGAGCUUCCAGAGCCACGAGAGCCACAGCGAGGAGGAGGACAGGAAGCCCAGCCCCAAAGAGGCCAAGGAUGCUCUGGGGGACAGCGGCUGCGCGUCCCAGCACAAGAAGCGUCAGCACUUCGCCAAGGCGAGGAAGGUCCCCAGUGACACGCUGCCCCUCAAAAAGAGACGCACAGAAAAGCCCCCCGAGAGUGAUGACGAGGAGAUGAAAGAGGCUGCCGGGUCGCUCCUGCACUUGGCAGGGAUUCGGUCCUGUUUGAAUAACAUCACCAAUCGGACGGCAAAGGGGCAGAAAGAGCAAAAGGAAACCACAAAAAAUUAAAAACAAGUCACUGAUUUGUUUUGAACUUUCGGCCAUUUGGUUUCAGCAUGUCAGGAGAUUUCUAAUGAUUUGUGGCAAUAUCAGCAAUUUAUUAUUUUUUUCCUUUUUGGUUUGGUUUUCUCUCUUUUCUUUCCUUUUUUUUUUUUCUUUUUUAAUUUGCCCCCUUCCUUUGUUUUGGACCCUUAAGAAUUUUAUUUUUAAAGGAGAUUGAAGCCAUAGAACUCAUAUUGACACUCAGCUGUUUUACAAAAGCUUUUCAUUAUCUGAAGACAAAAUCGAAAAAGCCAAAAUUACCAUUGCUUCCUCCUCCAGCUUGUCAGAAAACACGUGGCUGAAUCCACAAGGAUGUCAACGAUAAUGCCACAGGAAUACACAUUCGGCACCUAGAAGGUACAAGCAAGUGCAAAGCGUUCAUCAAUCAGGCCCAACCCUUAGGUUUAGAAGAAGGUCAGCAUUGUCCACCCAGUUGGGUUCACUGAGUGAAUGCACGUAAGGCAGCUGGGGAAGACCAGACCCAAGCUUGUAGCGCUGGGCAUCAGACUGUGCCAGGAAAACCCUUGGCAUUGCCACAAAGCAUGCAGAGGAAGGGUGGGUGGUCUCCAGUCCUUUGUGCUUCUUAACUGUGAAGCCUAAUAACAUCUUACAAGGUGGACACCGGACCAUUCAUUUUCACCAAGUGUCAGUGACUAACUAGAAAAAACUACAUCAGGUUUUAGUGAUGCUGCUAAACAUUGCAUUCUGUUGUAGAUUAAAUUCAGAGAAUGUUCACAAGCCAUAAGCCUGAAGGUUGGCCCUGCACACACACACAUGCACACACACACACACACACACACACUUCCAAGAGAAAAACUGAUGCAGAAAACAAGCUAUGUCUUCUUAACUGCCCGUGUGAACACCAAGUCCAAGAAAUAAAAUAGCUGUUCAGGAAGGAAAGAAUGGUAUAAAUCUUUUUCUGUCUGUCCAAACUAUUUGAUCCAAGUGAAAAAACAAAAACAAAAGCUACAGAACCUGCCGUUAGUAUUGUGUAUUUUUUAAAGAUUGAGGCAUAUUGAUGGACAAACAAAAGUAAAAUAAAAUACAGCAAAAAAAAAAAAAAAGGAAAGAUAAAAACUCCUAUACUGCCCUCAAAAUGGAGUUUGCAAUUAAUGUCAGUCAGGAUUCAUCUUUGCAAAAAUCAGUGAUUUCCACAUUCAACCAGUGUAGCCAGCAGAAAUUUCUGAUCCACAGUGCAUGGAUUCCUUUGAAAAAAAGAAAGAAAAAAAAAUCACAAAAAACGCAAACUUUUUUUUAUUCAAAAAUAACAAAGUUCUUGUAAGGUAAAUAAUGUAUUUAGCAUGAAGCAUGAAUUAUUUUCAUAUAAAUAUAGAAAAUAGAGAAAAGGCUAUGCCUCUAAUUUUUAAGCCCUUAGGCUUAGAGGUUCUUUUGGUUUUCUUCUUUUUUCUUUUUCUUUUUUUCUUCUUUCUUUAAUUUUUUUCGUUGUUUUUCUGAUUAUUUUGGUUUUUUUGAAGCAGGUGUUUAAGGUUUAACCUUCUUCAGGGACAAAUUCUGACUGUUGGGGAUCUUACUUUGCAAUAUAAAAAUCUUCAUGUUCUGGUAGGGCCUGGAUGGUGGAGCUCUGUACUGCCUUGUCUGCACUUCAGCCCCAACCCCCUCUGAUUCUCUGUUGAAAAGUGUGUCCUUUCUCUUUGUCUGUACGUGUUUACCAUGACGCAAUAACUUGAGGGCAAAUUCAGUAGUGAGUGUGUAUGAUAGAAUCAAGAGAAUUAUGGGACGCUGACUUGAGAAAACCGUUAGGUGAUUUGUUUCUAGGAAAAAGGCAGUGAAUAAAUUAUGCAAAUUCUCCAGGAGAAGGGGAAGCAUGCUAAUGGGCCUUAUGGGUUGAGGGUGUGAGGUAGGGUGCGCAGGAAGGAGGAAGUGACGUGGGUGUUGGGAGGGCCAGCCCCUGACGUUUUUUCCUGUGACGCAUCUCAGAGGGAGGGGCCGGCCACCUCUACCACUCGGCCCACCAGCCAACCGGGAGUGCAGCCCACCCGUAUGUGAGAGCUGACCCUGGACAACCGGAUGGUGUCACGCAGACCAGAAACUCCUGUUAUCUUUGCCUGAAAGAAAAUUAUUUGGGAGGAUCCAAAGAAACCUAAAGAAUAUGAUCUUCCACCCAAAUGGAGGGAAGUUCGAAACACAAACAGAAACCCCCACAGCCAGUGUCAGGAGAAGAUGGUGAGGGACAGGGAGGGAACAGGGGCAUGGGAACGGGACAGUUGUGGGCCACCGUGGAGCUUAUCUCCCCUCACCAGCCGCUGUCAGAUGCUCCAUCAGCCAGGACAGUGGGGAUUAACUAGCGCACACUCCGUGCUUAGCGUUCCCGGGUUGCUGAUGACAGAUCCUGAAAAAAGACUACACCCGGCAGCAGAUGUUGGUCGUUACCUGAACACUUACCACAUAUCUGUUCAGGUUGUAGAUGGGAAAGGAUGUAUCUUUUAAGGACUCUGUUCCAUCCAUCUCCCCAAAUAGCGGAUGCCCUUGUCACCUGAAGACCCAAAAGACACCCCACCCCCCGCCUCAGUCCCCCAGCACCCCGCCACUCCAACCCCCAGGAUAAAGUCCAGACUUCCCUCCUGAAAGGCAGAGGCAAGCAUUCAGGACCGUUUCUGGCAGGGGACUUCUUCCAGUGAAAACCCACCACAGUGGGCUGUCUCCCCUCGUUUCAUUUUUCUAAGGGGGCAAAGGCCUCUUAGAAAAAAAUAAAAUGCAAUGUGUGUGAUUUACUUUUCUGAUCUCUUUGAGAAAUAGAUAUCUUAUAAAAGUGUGUUCUUAACUCCAGAACCACUCUUUUUGCAUAAAUACCUCAUCGGGCAGCUUUCUAAGUGUUAUUUUCCUGAGUCUCCCUCGGCAUCUUCUUGGGGGCCCCAGGGAGACUUACAGGGGAAACUUUAGUGAGGGUACUUUUUUCUAUUUUUCUUCUGUUUUUGGAGGCAUACACAUUAUGCAUAACCAAAACAAUGGCUCAAUUGUGUUUAACUUUGUAUUUUGAUUGUUGAGAAAAAAAGUAUCGAUGUGUAUGUGGCCGUUUGUAGUGAAUUCAUUGCAGAACGGGGUUGUCCGUGUCCUUGCCAAGCCAAGGGGCAGGGGGCACCCGCUCUCCCCCCUCCUCCUCCAAGAGCAGUAGAGAAUUUAAGCACAAACCUCUUUGUGAAAGAGUAUUUUGCUCAAGUGUAACUCACUUUAGUCUUGGAAUUCCUUCCCAAACGUCAGGUGUUCUUUUAGCUUCCAAACUAGCAUAUGUAUCCAUUAGUCUGACAGAUCGCCUGAACACCGCUAAGGGGUGUGGCAUGUUUUUGCUCUCAUUUCUCCUGCUGGGAGAAGUGGUGUUUCAUGUGUCAUUCCAGUAUCUCACAUACUCACAUGGGGUGGGGGGAGGGAAGCCGUGAACUAUAGCAAUAUUUAAAGAUGCUUUGGAAAACAACCAUGAAUACAUCAGCACCUUGACAUCUACAGUUGCUGUUGGCCCUCAGACACAUUUAAGAGAAAGACUGUAGCUCUUUUUUCUUAAAUGAUACACACAGUUAUUUUUAUGCUACUAUAAUUGUCUUUUAUCUAGUAUUACAUGGAAAGGGUUUGCAUCAUAGAUUUUUUCCCAGCCUUAUAAUAUACUAUAAGCUCCUACUUCCUUCCCCUUUCUAAUCAAUAUACUUUUUAAAAGAGUUCUUUGGUAAAGCUGUCUCUCUGAAACUAAAAUGAACCUAACCCACAUUUAGAUGGUGGUUUGAGAAAACCGUGGCCAAGGUGACUGGCGGAUUUCAGUCUUGGGGCUGAGUUUUUAAGAAGGGACAUGUCAGGCACUUUUUCCAAGAGGUGAUUUUUCUUGUAGAGGCAUUCAGUGGGUCUCCCUGCUGGGCACGGCAGUUACCCACGGGAUUCUGCAAGAGGCCUUGCACUGAACGGCCUGCCUUCUUUCAGGCUGGGUCUUGUAGAAUGAAAACCAUCCACAUGGCUUCUGUGCCCAGCCCAGUCGCGAGACACAACAGGAUCGCCCAGUGCCAAGCGCUACCAACUGAGACUCAGUUACUCCGUGCCGCCUGUGUGGGCUCUUAGCCUUUCAUCGAGGGGCUCUGGGAGAAGGAAUCAGAGCAAUGUACAAGUGACCUGCACGGGAGGAGGGUUUUCCAUAUGGGAUUGGAUUAAAUUCAACGUGAUUUCUCUUUCCCUUUAAACUUAAUUCAGGUUGAGACUUUCUCUCUGGUGGAUCACAGCUGCCCAGAUGUUGCAACUUAUUUUUGUGUUUCUGUAGAGAGGUAUUUUCCUUUUCAUCUUCAGGAUUUUUGCCACCAAAAGAACACAUUUGAACUCUGUGUCCCCUCUUGAUUGUGACUUACCAGUGUUGACAGUUAAAUCCUUAGUGUCGUAGGUCCCGCCCUCCACUACUAUAUCAAACACUGUUAUGCACAUAAUCCAGCACUGUGAUCUAAUUUAAAUAAUACUUUUUUAUUAUUUAUACUACUAUAUAUAAUAUACAUCAACACUUUUGCUAUAUAACCUAAGUGAUAACCCUCUUUUAGUUACCUGCCAAACUUGGGACUUUGGUUUAUAUUGCAGUUAACACAGUUACAAAGUUGUAAUGGUGUCUUUUUUUUCCUUUGUAACGGAAUGUGUAAAUCAAAGUAUAUACAUUGUGUGGUGUUCCUGUUUCCGGAGUCUCUUGGGGAUUUACACAUGGCAUUCAGUGUUCUGUAUAGACCCAACUACUUUUGUGAACUCAUCUGUUAACCCCUCUUUCUUUGAGAGCACCAGUGAUGGUGGCUAUCUCCUGGUUCUCUCUCUCCUACUGGUUUUUCUUGAAUUAAGCACAGAUCGUCAGCUCAGUUGCUUUAUCAUGAAUAAUGCGUGUGACCUUGCAAUUCUUCCACAGUUCAGCAAACAAGUGCUAGCUUCACUGACCAAAAAGUAAGAAAGGAAAAGGCGAUUUUCAAAACGAUCCAUCUUUUAACGGCCGAAACCAAUGUGUCCAUGGUGCUGCCUUUUGCUGUCUGUCAAGCUUUUGAAAUCAGACCUAGGUGAAAGAUCACUUCUGACUUACUGUGAUAUGCUCACAAGUACCCUUCCUGUUCAUUUUGUUAACCUUGAAAUCAAGACUUUAUUUGGCAUAUAUACAACAGUGUUUUUUGCAAAAGUUGAGAACAGCCUUCCCGACCUUUUGCAAAUAAUUGAUAUUCCAUAUUGGAUUCUCAAAGACUUCGAUAUGGUGAACCUAUCAAACCUAGAAAUUGCAUUUCAUCCUUUCAUUACUGUGGCUUGAGUUCCCCAAAUCCCCCUCUUUUAGAUGACACUUAGCACAAUUUCAGUUAUUCAAACAUUAAACGUUUCUUGAGUAUGUAUGUGGAGACCACUGAAGCUCAUAGUUGAUCAGUAACCAGUUUCAUGCUGCGUCAUUCACACUCACUACUUAUACUGUCAUGGAGGAAAAAAGUAUCGUGUGUGUCUGGGAAGCAUUAUAUACACUUGUACAUUUUUUAAAUAUUCUGAUUCUGUAACAAUUCUAAGCUUUUGUUUUACAGGGAAAAAAAUUAUAACAGUGAUAAAGCAAUCAGAAGACCAAGAGGUUUAUGAUCUAUCAAUGCUUAGGGUUGUCUGACCUUUGCUGGCCGAUAGACCUACAUGGCCAAAUUAUCAUUUAAUAGAGUAAUAAUUUUUCAACUGCCAGUUUUUUUUUUCUUCUGUAUUUUCUGUAUGAAACUGCCAACAUCAUGAAUAGAAAGGGAGAACCGUAAA